GACUAUAACUUCUAUAUAACAUGAAUGCCCCUCCUCUUCCUCUCUUCCAUGUUCUCCUCCUGGUGGACCAGUGACGAGUACCCAGUUCAGAGACGUCCACCUGUAGCCGUGACAGCAUGGCCGCUGUCCCGACACACAGGACACACCCAGCGGCUCGCCGUACUCGCGUCGGAGGCUGGCUCCGACCUCGCCCCUCUGUUCCUCCAAGGCCGUUGUCCUCUUCGUCCUCAUUGUGCUCAUUGUGCUCCAGUUACCUGAACUGAAGUGAAUCCGGUUUAACACCUUUCAUUAACUCGCACAUUAAAUGGUACAAAAAACAAAACCGGCGUCUUGCCAUCACCGCCAAACAAGAUAAGCGAGAGAAACUGACACAGACUUGGCCAGCAUGGCGUUCGCCCGGGGCAGAGGUGUGACAACUCUGUAAACCAGACCACAGAUUGGAUAUUCUGUCCGCACAGAAUCCUCAUAAUUAUUGUUAUUGUUACAGCCGUUAACCACAGUCCCAACCCCCCAUGCCACCAUGCCCGGCCUCUGAUUGGCCGUGCCGUGAUUGGGUGGGCGGAGCUCCACAGCUCUUUCCCGGUUGGACGGUGAGCAAUGGCUCCGCCUCUCCGUGGCGGGAGCAUUCUCUUGGCCCCGCCCUUGUUUUUCCUGCUGUCGUUGGGAGCGCUGGGAGCACUGGGAGCACAGUACUGUGAUCCACGGAAAACCUUCCCCUACCAGGACGAGGACCUCAGGCUGUUCAGGGAGGAGGGGGUGUGGAACUACUCGACCAUGCUGCUUCGGGAGGAGCAGGGCGUUCUGAUGCUGGGGGCCAGGGAGGCCAUCUACGCCCUCGACCUCCACAACGUCUCCAGCAAGAAGGCCGCCGUAAGACCCUCAAACUGACCCUCAAACUGACCCUCUCUGCUAAUCUGUUACUUGAGAUGGCAGCCUUGAAGGAACGGUUGUUGUUACAAUUGUGUAACUUGUUGAUCAUAUUGCUGUGUUUAGUAUUUUAAACCGACAUGAAUUAAACAAGAUGGCCGAUGAAACUUUUAAGCAAGAAAAUAAGUGACCACAACAGUUGGCACCUAAUCCCCCCCCCAGAACCACCGCUUCAACGAAAGCCGUGAGCUUCUCUAUUGUACCAAAAGCAUCAAACGGCUAGCAGCCGUCAUAACUGGCCAUGCUUUGUGGCCCAAUCAUUGGCUCAUAGUAUUUGUAAUUUAUGUUACAGGCAUUACGUAUUCAAUUGAUAAUUAAACCACAUAGGAUCUCCCCCCACUGCGGUACUCGACCCUGCUCUGUGUCGAUCAGUCGUUGGUGCCGGCACAUGCGGGUAUCUCCAACGGGGACUUGUAAUAGAAGCUGUUGCUCUGAAUCUGAGCGCUUCCCGGUGGAUGGAAUGUAAACGGCGGCGUCAGUCAUGCGACCGACGGCCGGUUGAAGAGCUUGUGUUGUCCUGUGACAGUAGCUGCUCUUUACUGUAGUCCCUAUCAGCCGGCCGGCCUUGUUCGCCGUGCGUGUUGGGUAAACAAAUCAGGCGCGCAUACAUGAGUCUCUCUCGCUCUCGCUCUCUCUCUCUUAUAUACAUAUAU